GGAGGAUGCCUUGAAGUUAUUUAUAAUGUCGGGCCGGCCGCGGGUGACGUAGCGAGCCGUCCGGGCAGCGGCAGCCUCGUUCGCCGCGCCUGCGCCGCCAUGAAGGGAGCCGGGCCAGCGGGGCGGCGGGAGCCGGACUCGGGAAGCGCGUGGUGAGGGCGGGCGAGCCGGCCGGAGCGCGGUGAGAUCUCAAGGUCUUGGCACCACACGUUGGAGGAGUAAAAUUGCUGGCUGCAGGUGGAAAUGCCGGGCUCGACGCCUGUCUCCUUUCAGGCCUUGGGCUGAAUACGUAGUUUUGUCGCAAGACUUUUGGGGUCCCCUUGCCCCUGUUCCUGGGGGGGCAAGGGGAAACUCUUGGAAGGGAGAGGGGGCACCUUCCCCAUCCAGAAGGGCCCUUGAUUGAGGCGGAGGCCAAGCUGUCGGCCUUUGGUUUUCUUUCCUCCUGGCGCUCGUUCUGCAGCGCCAGACCAUGCCGUGAACGUUCGAGCAGGCCAUCCCGCUUACCAGCCCUUCCGACCGCGCCUCAGGGAAUUGAACCGAGAGGGCAGCGGUGACCAGGGGACUGGCCAUGGCUGGGAGUGGAUAUACAGACCUACGAGAGAAGCUCAAAUCGAUGAUACCUUAUCGGGACGGCUACAAGAACAGUGGCGGCGGCGGCGGCAGCAAGAGCAGGCGGGAUCCUGCCGAGUCCCCCUACGGAGCUGGCGGGGGAGCCCCUGAACGCAAGCGGAAGCACCACCACGAUUCUGACUCCGAGCCCACCGACUCCGAGGACCCCCCGCGGGAGGAGGAGGAGGAGGAAGAGGAGGCCCAGAAGGUCAAAAGCGGCAUCCGGCAGCUGCGCUUGUUCAGCCCCGAGGAGUGUGUCAAGAUCGAAGCGCGCAUCGACGAGGUGGUCUCCCGGGCUGAGAAGGACCUGUACAAAGAGCACACGGUGGACAGGGCCCCCCUCCGGAACAAGUACUUCUUUGGGGAGGGCUACACCUACGGGUCUCAGCUGCAAAGGCGAGGCCCCGGCCAGGAGCGGCUGUACCCGCGGGGGGAAGUGGAUACCAUUCCCGAGUGGGUUCACGACCUGGUCAUCCGCAAGCUGGUGGAGCACCGGGUCAUCCCCGAGGGCUUUGUGAACAGUGCGGUGAUCAACGACUACCAGCCGGGGGGCUGCAUCGUCUCCCACGUGGACCCCAUCCACAUCUUCGAGAGGCCGAUUGUGUCGGUGUCUUUCUUCAGUGACUCAGCGCUCUGCUUUGGAUGCAAGUUCCAGUUCAAGCCCAUCAGGGUCUCCGAGCCAGUCUUCUUCCUGCCCGUGAGAAGGGGGAGUGUCACGGUACUCAGUGGCUACGCAGCUGACGAAAUCACGCACUGCAUUCGACCCCAGGAUAUCAAGGAGAGGAGAGCCGUGAUCAUCCUUCGGAAGACCAGAGUGGACGCCCCCCGGCUGGAGACUCGGUCGCUGAGUAGCUCUGUGUUGGUCCCUGGCUACGCUUCGGACCGCCUCUCCGGGAGCAAUCGGGACCCCCUCCUGAAGCCAAAGAGGUCCCAUCGCAAAGCAGACCCUGACGCAGCCCACCGCCCUCGAAUUUUAGAGAUGGAUAAAGAGGAGAACCGGCGCUCGGUCCUCUUGCCGAAACACCGGAGGCGGAGUCAUUUCAGCUCUGAGAACUAUUGGCGGAAGUCUUACGAGUACACAGAAGACUUGGAGGAGGAGGACGAGGAGGAGGACGAGGAGGAGGACGAGGGGAGUCCGGCACGGAAAGUGAAAAUGAGGCGGCAUUGAGGAAUUCUUGGACACCCACAUGCUCCUUCCCCAGUCUUAGAGCCUCUCCUGCCCGGAGGGACAAGAAGACGCGUAGGUGGCUUUUCCAAGCAUCUGGGCGACUCUGAUAGACCCGUGGCCUUAUCUGGUCCUUGCACCUGUUUCAGUGCUGGCUGCCUCUCUCUCUCUGCGGGAACUGCACCAACACCAGAGCGGCCGACAUCUGCGUCCCCCGAGGCUUAGUGUUCUUGGAACCGCGUGCAGAAAGUUGAGCAGAAAGGGCUCUCUGCACAUGCUCUUUCCUUUCCCUGUGGGCCUCCCCCCCCCCCGUGGGUUGACUUGGUUGUAAGAGGCAGGCGGAGGGUGGAAGGGAACAACACUCCGCGUCCUGCGAGUCGGAGGACCUUCCAAGGAGAACCGAAAUCCUUGUGUCAGUGCUGUUAGUGUGAGGUUUCAGAGGGGCCUCCCCUGCAAAGGACCCUGCCUUAGCCUGUCCGUCAUACCCAAACUGUUGCCGAAAGCUGGGAUUGGCACAGCCGGGGGUCUCUCUUCCAGCAGAUUCUGGCUGGUUUAGCUUUUCCCAGGGGGGGGGGUGUCGCACCUGCGUCAGGAGCUGGGACUUUUUAUUUGCUUUAAAAUGCACCUGGGUUUUCCUUGCACCGCCCGGCUCCUUCCAAGCACACACUUUAAAAUAAAGUUCUGGCUGACUUUUUGUGUUUUUUAAAUAAAUAAAUAAAAAAUCUAAUUGUUUUGUUACAAAUAAAAUAAGUGGCAAUAUUUUUUUCGGUAAAU